AUGAGCGGUGAGCGAGACCUCAUCUCGGGCCUCGUCUUUCCAGCCCUCAGGAAGCAGCUCUCAAAACUCGACUUUCCUGUCCACCUGAAUGAGAUUGAUCUACGAUGGGGUGUUCCUGAAUCUGCCACGCGAACUCCUGAUGCUUUACGCGCUUGCCUUGAACACGUGGCCACUUCAGACUACCUGAUUCUUUUGUUGGGCGAGAGGUAUGGAUCACCGCUAGAGCGACUUUGACUGUGCGCGCUCUGGCGGAGGGUACCUCAUCUCAUUAGCCUGUUUUUCCAACCCAAGUUUUGCUCAUCACAUUGUCUUUCGCAGGCCAUUUACUAUUUUCGAAAUUCCGCUACCCCUUUGCAUGGCCUUUGCUAUGUACAUUCUUUGUUUCGCCAUGCUGACGGCGAUAGGCCUGAAGUCCCAGCCCUACAAGCACAUAUUUCAUUUGGUUGUUGCAUAAAGGAAGACCUCCUUAAGAUGCAGCCUAGGAAGUUUACUUAGGUUGCAACAGCUGAUCUCCGAUACUUAUAUACAAUUUGGCCGUUAUAUCACUAAUAUCUAGAAAAUUCGUUUUCUUAGUUCAGUCUACUUUUAAUUCAAUCUCGUUGAGGUGUACACUGUUUUUGAUGUAAAUACCAUGGUAAGGAUCGAUCAUGGACGCAACCCCAUCCCCACACCCGUCUUCUCACUUCUCCCCCCCCCCGCAUGACUGCCUGCUGUUCCGCGCGUUGCUGCUUUAAUCACGCCCUGUUUUCACUGUAAUCCGAUCUCCCUUCCCUAGAUAAAUUCCCUCCUUCCACCUCGCCGUCCGCCCCCGUAUAUACGAUCAAUAGUCCAUGUUCCGUCUUACCUAUCCCAUUUUAUUCCUCUAUGUCGCUCUCCGAUUGAACAGUUUACCUUGUCUCAUAAGUGGCAAUGACCGUGUGCAGUAGAAUAAGAGAUCAUGGAAUUUUAUGACGUCAUUGAAUUCUGCAUAUUUCAUCGCUUUUGCCUUGUUCAAAUUCAUUCGGGGAAAACAGUGCUUCGACUUAACAAUAAUCUAUGAUAACUUAGACAGAAGCUUCUUUUCCUCUACAGAUAUGGUUGGGUGCCGCCGGAGGAGCUGGUUCACGCCCUUCCAGAGAAACUGCGCAAACGAGUCCUCAGAGUUUACAAACACGACAUGUCUAUCACGGAGUUGGAGGCCUCCCUCUUCCUCGAUCUUAACUACCAAAACGAAAGGCGUUUGAUCUGCUGCCUUCGCGAUCCCAAAUGUCUGGAGUACGUUUGACCUAUCUUUAUGCAACAAAGUCGUUUUUUAACGUAUGUCUACAAGGAACGCGCCGCUGGUCUAAUUUCCACUUGUCCGCUCACAGGUGUAAACAGGAAAGCAUUCUAAAUAGAAAAUUAUCUAUUAGUUUUAUUAGGAUAUUUCUGCCCUAACCCACCAAAACGCCAUUACGCUCUUUUCGACUAGUGGAAGUUUUUUCGUUCUAUCUACUCCAUGAACCCCCUCCCCCGCCAUCUGUAAUCGUAAAAUCUGAAUGAAAAGCAUAUUGAUAGUUUUAGUUUUUGUUUGAGCAUUGUAAGGGUAAAACUGAGAGGACGGGGACUCGAGUCCGGCCACUGUACUGGACAGAGAAACUCAUACACCGUCUCUCCAAAGAGUCAGGAUAGCAUCGCUACAAGGCGUAAACUUUGGUAAACAUUACUGUCACUUCAGUUCUUCUUGACUUACGCUCAGCAGCUUAUGAACCAUUUUCUGGGACAAUUGCUUCUAUGCAGCUGUGAGGACAUACAAGCGUAAAGCAUUGCAACUCAGACGAAGUGAGUGUUUCGCUGUUUGAUAGACAUCCGGCCUCAAAACGGGCCACGUGUUAGAUGCGCUGGACCAACACGGGGGCCACAUCGGACUCUGGCAGGCGUUAUCUGUGCGCAAUAACAAAUGCCAACAUUUGCGGGGUGCGCUGGCAGACCCCGUUGUCGGCAUUCGUCGCACAACUGGACCACUGCCAUCACCCCAUUGUUUUGUGGUCAAAAUCCUGGUCAUUUGUGUGUGGACCAGGGGGUGCGGAGUGGAGCGCCAAGGCGAGGAUCCGUCCGAGCCAUCCACCUGCGGCCUCCCCCGUCUCCGGUCUUCUUAACUUGGUCUUGACACCGGGCCCAGGCGGGGGAAGAGGAGAGAGUGUAGGUGGAUGCUGCGCAAGUCUACUGGCACUAUAAACCCCUGCGUAAGCCACCGUCCCUGCUCCCGCAAUGCAGUCUGUGGGGCACACGGUGGACAUCAUCGAAAUCGAUGGUCGAACUGUCGAGAGACAUCCGGCAAUUGCGACACAUGUAGGUGGGUUUAUUUCCAGUUGGUAUGAAUAGAAGAAAGCGGUUCCUAUAGCCAGUCAUAACUUGCGGAAGAAAUGGGUCCUAUACGGCAAGUAUGAACGAUCUGGUUAAUGACUGGAUCCAAGUGAAGCACAAUAAUAUGAGCAAAGACCACUAAACCAAAAGAAUCUGUAUGGUUGUGUACGAAUAAUUCCUUACCAUGUCCUUUUUCUCGCGAUUUUUAAAAUAUUUUCAACAGAUUGAAAUUGUCCCACAGAAGCAUCCACCAACCAGUAAAGCUUGAUAAAGCUACCCAAUGAUCCUACUAUACCCCAGUGUUCCACCCCGUAUCUCAUAUCAUCGUGGGUAGCUUUGGUCUUUCAACGUCCAUCAUACGCACCCGAUCUUUUUGUAACGGAUUACGGUCUUCUGUUUCGCCCGUAAUUUCCUAUCCCGAGCUCGAAAAACUACAUUUUUUGAUUCGAACACAUUAUUGAUCUUAGAGCAACGACCUUCUGCUGAAAGUCCUUUAAGAGAGUACCAUUCAUACUCAGGAAACGCAUUUCCACUACAUACAAUCUUGUUUGCAAAAACUCCAAGUUUUAGUCGUAAACUCCAAAACUCGUUGCUUCAUUUUGGACAACCCAGUAGAUUGUUCGUUAUUGGGCCACACCCCUAAGGACCGUAGGUAUACAGCACAAGGGAAAAACGGAAUGUCUCCAUUGCAUCCUAUAACCUGAACGGGUUGGUGAACACCACUCUCAUCUGAUUUUAAAUACGUGCGAUCGCAACCGACAGAAUUUGGAACCAUUGCCUAACUUCAGGAGCAACUGGCUGCAUAAACAGCUGAUCUCCUAUUCAGCCCUCGAAUGGUUCGGGAUGUGGUCGACUGACGGUGACCAUUUCAACGUCCCGUAUCUUUGUCAAUAGCGAUUUUCCACUGCGAAUAUCAUAGCAGCUGUGAGUUAGUGUGUAGUCGAAUAGGUUUGUCCGAGUACGCCUGCGUGGAGAAAGAAAGAGAAAGAGUCUUCAAAAGUAGCUACCGACUUUCCCCUGAAUCUUAUGUAAGCGAAACACUUAGACAAUUUUCUGUUUCUUCAGGGCGUUGCCAGCGAUUCAAAGAUCGAACUUUGUGGAGUCUUCUGCUGUGAAGACCUCUCGCCUUAAUGCUUUUAAGGCGAAAUUGAAGUCAAAGGGUCUUGUUCAUCUCAAUAAGUAAGUUGGUCCUUUUCGUGUCACGAACAGUGUUCGCCUGCAUUCAGGCUUGUUGAGUACUCUUCCGCAAUUGAAGUUAUUUAUUAAGCUUAGCCAAUUUCAUACUGACGUUGCCUUCUUUUUCCUCACAGUUACAAGGCUGCCUACGCCGGUGUGGUUUCUCACUACCCAAUGAUGGGCGAUUUGGCCGAUCUCGGAGAGGCUAUUUUCAGCUCUUUGUAUUCGGAAAUUGUCGAGACCAUGGGAAGUCGUAAAAGCCAUCGAAGUGUACGUUUUUCUUAAAUAUUACUCUUCUGCUCUUGUCAGCUUCCUCAGUUUUGCCGUUGUAUCUGGCCCCAAAUCGUGCGAUUUCGUUUUUCCAGAGUACAACGACCCGUACGCUACGAGAUGCGGUAAAUAUUCGUACUUAACACCUCGCCGCUUCCACAAAAGUUACUUUUCAACUUCAAUUGAAAUUGGCUUAAUGACGUGGAGUCGGUUAGUGACUUUUUGAUGUCUCCCAUCCUGAUGCGACCCUGUCCGGAUUUGGUGUGUUGCGUCGGCCGAUAUAAGUAGUAAUUCCUGUCCCCCAUUGUUCAUGCGAACGCAUACUUACCUGGUAAAUUCUCUAAUGCGAAGCGCAAUGACAAAUCCUGCAACACAGUCACGGACCGUGCCUUUGCCGUCUAGACUGCUAUUCAUCUUUGCUGACUCCUGCUUCUAAAGAACCAGGGAUUGUUUGUUGGCAUUCUGACGUCUCCUCUGCUCCCUGUACGCGAGUCUGUGCUUGCAUGCUUAGAUUUGCACGCGUUCAUGCAUGCACAAGUUGCGCCAGAUACUCCGUAGGCCUUGCCAGUUUGAGCGGGCGUGCGCCUGUUUACGGGUGUCUGCACACAACAGUCCUGAAAAGGUUUCGGUGGGUGACUUCAUUGUUGCGCAACUCGUUUUCUAGGUUGCACAAUCUGGGGUAACAAAAUGCAAGUUCUAUCUGGGAAAACAGCCGCACGAAUUCAGCUUGCUUAUGCGCACUUGCUGCCCCCGGGAGUAUGGCGGAUACGAAUCGGUGAUUUCGCGAUCGUUGUCGACGCACAAAUUUAUUGUCUUUGAAUUCCCUCGGAUGAUCAGUCCUGCGUGAUGCAGUGGCAUUGCGUUUAGAGUUUCUUCGUCUCCCAUUCAUCAACCGUCUGUGCUUCACUUUCAUAAUCACUGCUGUGUGUACACAUCGGCCUCAAGUGAGCAUAAGAGAUGGCUGUUGAGGUGACGACCGUCAGUACGUAAGCACUUGGCUAGAGAUUAAAAAAUAAGGGAUAUGUGGUAAACAUUUGUUCAGAUUUUUGACCGACAAAGACAGAGGCAGUGGGAUGCUCAUUUUUUCUUUAUUUUCCGUCACCAGAGACCACCUGUGUAGGUCGUAUAUCUGGAUGUCCAAGGCAUAGAGAAAAUGCCCGUGUUUGUUCUACAUUCCGCCUAGACUGCUGCACACCAGUAUCAUGUAACUGCAAUAAUCUUGAAAAAAGGAGCCGCCUUGAUCAUUGCCAUGUUCUUUAGUCACAGAAACUGAGGAGAAGUGGUGCCUCAGAUAAUUUGGAGAAAGCUUGGUCAGUUAUGCUGUCUUGCACUGGAAUAUCUUUACUUACUGUGUCUGGUUGCAAUCUGGCACCUGCUCCAUUUGGUGGCAUUACCUGCGGUUUUUUUUCCUCGACAUUCUUUCAUUCGUUGAAUUCGAGCAGUUUUUCGGGUGGCAGAAUUAAUCACUUCAAUGUUUGAGCUUUUCCAGGGUUACUAGUCUGCUCCUCUCAAAAAUCCAACUAGACAUAAAGACAGCGUCUGGAACCGCCACUGAAGUUGUACCCUCGGUUCGGUAACCUGUACCACAAAAUUGGCAUUCUCUUUAUAUCCUGACUUAUCUGCCACAUUUUGAACCGAUGCCGCUGCCAUUGUUACGAAGCUUACUAAAACUCUUUAGCAGUGCUGCGUAUUCCGUUGGGUUUCUUGCCCGAGUGACACAUUGAGAAGAAAAAUGCCCAUCCACUUCAUUAACGUCACCCAAUACGGCAACACAGCUCACCUAGUAUCUUUUCAAUAUGUCACGUUUAUGCAAUACAGGUUGUUUAUAGUCGGGCUUGACAGAGAGAUGUAAAGGUAUAGGGGCUAACAGAGAAAUUGAGCUCCCCUGCAACGUUAAUACAGACCGCCGCGUUGUGGAUGUUCACGACGCAUAAACUGUGGACACGAUUCUCAGACUUUCUGUUCAAUUUCUAUCUCCUAAUAGGAGGAUGAUUUUACCAGCCCGACUUCGGCCUCUGUGUCUGCUGCCUACCUGGAAUCCAUCGCUGCAUCUGCCUGUCCGCGACACCUUCGUGAAGUGGUUAAGUCCCUUUUUACUGACUUGCCUCUCCGAGGCGGUCAAGUGCGUCGGGCUCGACUGAUGGCUGCAGAGGCGGCAGCCACUAAGACGCCUGAUAGCUGGAAUUUGUCUGUCGGACAGAAACGCAAGCGGAUGGAAAAUAUUGGUGGGUUCCAUUUAACAGGGAAUAACGUUUUUUUGAGGGUUCCGCUAAAUGCAACGCACAAUAUUCUUUAAGGACAGUUGCGAAGCUGAGUCCUGUUUUGGGAUCUCUUUCUUACAAAUCUCCCGCAUUACCAUUUUCCUCAUUUUUUCUCGCUUAAAUGUAGGGUUUAUUUUUUUCCGUCUCCUCAUCUAUGUUAAACAAACACUUGCAUCUCUGCUGCUGAACCUUCUGCGUUUCUCCGCGGUAGAAGUCAGCUGCUGGCUCCAAGUUGCCUAAAAAAUAACUUAUCUUUACUCGUUGGCUGUAUCCAUCGCACAACCAACGCCAGUGAGGCUUUGGAUCUUUGUCUCUCACAGGCACUUCAUGUUGCGGCCGAAUAAAGGUUUAAGUAUCAGUUGGUUGCGGAUGAUUUCAAUCUUCCUGGAGUCCACUGGUCUCUGCCUUCUGGUCCCAGAAGGUUUGAAAACUUACUUGAGGCUGUGGAUGUUUGCCGUGCGGAAUAAGACUGUCGAUUUUCCCAUCCGAGGAUAAGCAUAGUUGGGCCUAAUUUUCUGUAGGGGUUGUAUGACCUUGUCAGUGUCAUCUUUAGGCCAACUCGGGGCAGCAGACCACGACAUAGAUGUUUCUACGUUAGAACUCGAAGCUGAUGAAAUUUAGUCCCCAGGAUAUAGCUUUUUCUUCGACUACCGAUCAGUCCGUUCGGUCUACUAAUUAACAUACAUUGAUUCCUACGAUUGGACUGAUUUCUUCCUAAGUUCGGAUGUGAAUGUUUUCACCGCUAAGGAGAGCUCGAAGCACGCGCAGGGGAGCGCGUGAGUAUGGCGUGUACACAUUCUGCAGCGAGACAGCCAUUCGCUGUAUUAGUGGGAUAAGGAGGGUGCAAUCACCACGGGAAGGCCACGGAGGCAACCGCGUGAUAAUUCGCAGUACGGGACCCUUGUAGUGGAGCCGACGGAGUUCCAAUCCAUCCAAACAGUUCCAUUAGCAAUCCUACGUAGCCGCUCAAUGGAUUAAGAUAAUGAAGUGGGCGCAAGCAGAGCUCGAGGCAUGCGCAGGGAAGUGCGUGGGAACUGAUAACUGAAGUAACCGAGGCUGAUUGGUACGCAAUCCUACCCUCGUGGCAUAGUCACUCGAUGGAUUAUAGUGGUGAGGAAGGUGCAAAGACGUGAUAUUUGCAAAGGCAGCUUAUUCGCAUCUGCCAAAACUUUCAUAGAAAUCUAACCUUAUAGUAUAAAUCAGGUGGGGCUGCAGCAUCAAACCUCGCCAAUCCAUUUCAUUGGAAUGGACACACGAAUAAAUUUUUUAGCCCACUCCUCUGCGUGUCGCUUUGAAAAUGAAUAGCUGUGCUUAAGUUCAUCUGCAUUAAUUGACGCUUUCACUCUGUAGUCCUUUUUUAUCAGUGCGGGUAAAAGAUAUGGUCGUCUUCUGUUAAUCAAAAGUAUUUCUGUUACUUUUUAGGACAUGACGGCGGUAUUCUAUGUCUCAUUGGAUCCCCUGGGUCAGGGAAGACCACCCUCAUGUCCGCCCUGGCGACGGUCAUGGCCAGACCGGGUUGGAAGCCUGCUGCCAAGGAGGCACACGCAUCAGGAAUGACCUUUGGAAAGUCACGAGAUGAAGACAAGCCAACGGGUAAAGAGUGGGUAUGCAGGGUGUUUGUUCAUCUUGUCCUCGGUGCCUACACUUCCACCACCAAGCAAUCGGGUUUUAUUGUGGCCAUCCCUCAAAUGACGCAUUUGAAGACACUGCUUGUCCAGUGGAUAACUCGCAUUAUCAACGAGCUCCUCAUCGGCUGCAGUCCAAAUCUGGAAAAGGAAUUAAGUAAGCUGGAGGUGGAACUUCAUGCUCCAACCGAAGAUGCCUCUGGUGACUUGAGGUUUGUUUACCAUCUUCACUGUUAGUCCAGUCAGUUUGCAGUUAUGAUCCUUGGUACACGUAUUUGUUCUUAUUUUCGAUCUUAAUUAACCCUUGACUUUUGUUGUGAUCAACCUGGUUGAUGACUGUUCUCUCAUUGGGCCCGUUUUCUUUCUCCAAAUAAACAGGUCCAGCUUUGUUUAUGUGGUGUAGCAGUGAGGGUCAGACAUUUUUAAGUGGAGAUUUCUUAUUCAUUUUCCGUCGUCUGUCUAAAAGAAUUUGAAAUUGGAUACGUAGGCACCCAUGCAUGAACAAAUCAGUGAAGAGGGAGUGAUUUAACUUUAUCUGGCCAUUGACCUAGGUUCCCUAGUGCCCCUGUACUAAGUUAAUUAUUUAACUGGACAGCUUAUCCUAGCAUUAACCACAUUAAGAAGUCAAGUUGGCAAACACGUCUUUUCGGCAAUUCUUUGUCAGGCCAAUACAGUUACAUGGAGGAAUGAAAAUAUACACAAGUAACAGUGUUUAUAGGUGUCGUAAGGGCCACUAAGUCACUAACACUCAUCUUCCCCACGCAGCCCACAUGACGAGGUCGACGAGUUUGAUCUUCAGGGCUAG